GAGCAUUAUGGUUGCGCGAUUGGAAAUACAGAGCCACCGGACGCCUCUGUUUGCAGUUUUCGUGGACCAUACAACAUCACCGUCUUCUUCGACUUUAAGUCCUUCAUCUGUGGAUGACCGGUCUUGUGAGCUCCCAGCUAGUUGGAUUGCGGAUGGCAACGAGGGCCAGGAAAAACGAUCGUGUUGGACCAUAAACCAGCGUAGCGGCCAUUCAAGCCGUGUGGAUCAAGCGGAAACAAGAAGGAAUCAUUUAUUUUGCUGGUGAAAUUCCUGUAGUAUUGUUCUGCUUGAGCAAAACGCAGGAUGAAGAUCGACGAGACAAUGAAGCACAACUUUCCUUUGCUAGCCAUUAUUUUUCGGCCUCUCAAGCGCUGAAUUAUUUGAACUCCCGGCGAGCUGUGUCACGCUCUUUGGAAAAGACUUUGCAAUUCGGCAAGUGUUGCAAGCAGGUUGGAAGAGUUCCUAAUGUCUUGGAAGUUCGUAACGCUGUUCAUCCUCGAGAUUUUAGUCGCAGUAGAAGCGGAUGAGGUCUGUCUGCAACUGUCACCAUCCCCGGAGCUGGAAAAGUUCGUCGACGUUCUUCCAACGCCACCAAAGAUAUACUUGAGCCCACGCUACAGAGUUACCAUUGGAGCUUACAAAAUCACCCAGAAACUGCACAGAGACUUGCCACCAACAACACUGUAUGCAUUCGGCACGAGCGAGUAUACAGCUUCUUUUCCGGGUCCAACUUUGAUAGCCCAAAAGAGAGAAACAUCCUUUGUCCGAUGGGAAAAUCACAUUCCAGAUCGUGAACACUUUCUUCCAGUCGACUAUACGAUCCUAGGGGCGGGUCCGCGCUACGGCUACAUUCCCAUGGUCCCUCAUCUCCAUGGACAAGAGGGCUCGAGCUGGUCUGACGGGCAUCCAGAAGCCUGGUUUACAUCAGUUGGCGAGCGGGGCCCGGGUUACGUGACGCAAAACUACGUCUAUCCCAACUUUCAGCGCCACUCGCUCCUGUGGUAUCACGACCACACUUACGGCAUGACCCGGCUCAACAUGGCUGCUGGCUUGGUCGGAGUUUACGUGAUAGAGUCGCCGUGGGAAGAUCCAUCCUGGGUCCCGAGAAACUACGUGCUUCUGGUGAUCCAAGACAAGCAGUUCUUCAGCGACGGCUCCAUAAACUAUCCCAGUGUUGGGAGCAAUCCGGGAGUUCAUCCGCAGUGGUGUCCGGACUACUUUGGUGAUACCAUUCUGGUGAACGGGAAGGUGUGGCCUUACAUCGAAGUCUGGCCGGUGGUGGUGAGGUUCCGGGUGCUGCUUGCGGCAAACUCGAGAUUCUUCAUCCUCAACUUGAACGACACGAGCUUGAGCUUCAUGAAGAUUGGCACGGACGGGGGAUACCUGGCGACUCCGAUACGGCAGAAGAAGCUCAGGCUCUCUCCUUCCGAGCGAGUCGACAUUCUUAUCGACUUUCGCGGAGUGAAGCCCGGGGAGAGAGUUCUCUUGUACAACACCGCGCCGGCUCCAUUCCCGAGUGGAAGCGUCACCGAGCAAGAGGUUCUCCUGUUCAAAGUAAUCAACUGGCGGACCAACGGUACCAUCGACGAAGACGACGAUGAGAUCCCGCAAGCACUCACUCCAAGCGAGCUGGCCGAGUUGCCGACGCUAUCGAUCAUCAAAGCCACGACCGGAGUAGAUCUCUCGUACGUCGACUGGGUGUCAACUUACAACCGGCCUUUCGUCCACCGUGUAAGCCUCGACUCUGGAAACACGCUCACGGGACUCUUCCUCCAGGACAGGCUCUCUUUCACGCGUCCGGCCACCGAGCAAGUCCUGCUCUACACGAACGAGGUGUGGUGCAUGAUCAACACCAUGACAGCAUCCCAUCCGAUCCACAUCCAUCUCAUCAACUUUCUCGUGCUCGAGCAGCAGGGAUUCGACACCGGGCGAUUCGCUGCCGGGUCGUGCUCGUUCGAGUACGACUAUCCGGACUCGAGGAGCUGCUACACGGGCGAGGCACAGGGAGCCGACGUGGAUCAAGUCGGGUGGAAGGACACGGCCGUCAUCCAGCCCGCCACCGUCACCCGGUUCUUCCUGGCGUUCAAGCCCAGCAUCUCGUACAGGUUCCCGCUGGAUCCAACGACGUUUCCACACUUUGUGUGGCACUGCCACAUUCUCGAGCACGAGGAUAACGAGAUGAUGAGGCCGCUGGUGGUGUCCAGCACGAAUGCUCUCUACACCAACAAGUCCUUCCCUCGUUACUUUCCCAGGGACGAAAGCAAAAACGUAGGGCUCGCCACCGGGAACUCGAUCCAUCCACACGACAGGAAACACGUCUACGUAAAGCUCGUCACCAACGAGUCCAUCCAUCUUUACUAAAACUACACGCAACAAUAAGAUGUUCUAGUCACAAUUCCAUUCCAUCCAUCUAGAACGCUGAAACUUUACCAGGUGUUAUUCUUGAUAGCGGAACAAGAACAACUAGUAACACAAGCUUUACACAAACACGUAUCAUUUAUGUAUCAAUAAGUUCUAACUAUAUUUUGAUCACA